CCGCCGCCGAGAGCGAGCCUCGCUGCACGAGAACCAGGGACGGAUCGCGUCACCGGCACGCUGGAUAAAUACUCGUCGGGAUAAUUCGAAUGUCUUUACAUUUCUAGACCUUUUUCGAGAUUAACUUACAUAGAUACAAUUCUUCAACUAGACCGUGGCAUUGGAUAGAGCAGGAUAGAGCAGAGGAUACUUCAGCGGCACCAUGUCGAAACAGACGGAGCUUCCUACCUUUACAGCCAGCGACUAUGUCAAGUUCUUCUCGGCUGGUGCGCUCGCCGCGACGUCGACACAUGGGGGUGCCACGCCAAUUGACGUCGUCAAGACGCGCAUCCAGGUCGAUGACUCCCUCAAGGGCUACAACAUGAUCCGUGCCGGCCGCAGCAUCGUCGCCAAGGAGGGUGCCUCCGCCUUGCUCACAGGCUUCGGCCCAACGGCCGUCGGCUACCUCGUCCAGGGAGGUGGCAAGUUCAUGGGCUACGAGUUUUUCAAGAAGAAGUACAUUGAGGCAGUCGGUGGCCCUGACAAGGCCGUCAGCAAGCGAACCGCCAUCUACCUCGGGGCGAGCGCCACAGCCGAGUUCUUUGCAGACAUUGCCCUGUGUCCAUUGGAGGCCACGAGAAUCCGACUGGUCUCGCAGAGGGGAUACGCCACUGGCUUGAUACCGGGCUUCGCACGCAUGGCCAGGGAGGAGGGCUUCAGGGGCUUCUACUCUGGCUUCGUGCCUCUGCUGUUCAAGCAAGUUCCCUACGCGGUCGGCCAGUUCUCCGUCCACGAGGCCGUCAACGAGGUCAUCUAUCGCGCCAUGGGCUCUGAGCGCAAGGCCAAGAUGACCCAGCUCGAGUCCACCGGUGUGGAGCUGACAUCUGGCAUCGUGGCCGGUGCGGCUGCCGCUGUCCUCUCCCACCCCGCCGAUACCUUGCUGUCGGCCAUGAACAAGGGCGCUGGCGACCCCGGCCAGGGCGCGACGAGCCGCAUGUUCCAGCUGGCCAAGGAGUUUGGUCCCAAGCGUCUGCUGCUCAGCGGGCUGGGGCCCAGGGUGGUCAUGACCUGUGCGCUCGUGUCGGGACAGUUCGUGAUCUACGCGCAGUGCAAGGCCUUGACGGGGGCGCCACCCAGCAUAGAGAUUCACAAGGAGACGAGCUGAGGGACUUGAUGUGCACGUGCAGAUAGACGGCGUUUGGGGUCGGCAUGGCGUCCUAUUGGUAGCAAAUUCGAUAAUCUUUGUUGGUUCGAGCUUUUCGGGUGCUAUUGACGGUGAGCUAUUGAUGUCCAGCUGAAUAGAGUCCGAAAAGCCUAAAGGUCGCGAGGCAUGUAGGCCGCCUCGGCUGUCGAGAAAAUGACAGUAGAGCGCUCGACAUUCUCAUGGCAUCAGCAUGCCUCGAAGGAGCAUGUUCGACAAUGUGACAGACGUCAGCUUGCGUGAAAGAUUCACGGAAGGAGCAGACUGGACUGGGUUUUAUAGACUGGCGCUCCGUGGCUCAGUGGAGGACUGGAUGUGGCAGCCGAUACCAUCCGCUGAACUGCCGCUGAAAACCAGGGGCUGGACCCCGUGCGUCCGUGCGGCAGGGUCCAUGUUAGCGGGUACACUUUCCUUGUGCGUUUUUCCAUGGUGUAUUAAGUACCUGCUAUCAAUGAAACAGCC